AUGUCCGACGUGGCUUCCGCUUCCGAUGCCUCCUAUCGACACCGCCUGAGCCUCGCGCUGCACGCAUCGCGCAUCCUAACCGGCGCGCUCGACGACGAGCUGGGUAUUCAGAAGGGCACAAAGACCACGAAACUCGGCGCUAGGCACAGGGAAGAGUACCAGGCGGUGCUGCAUGCCACUCUCGCCGAGCGCGUGCGCAGCGCCAUCGUGGCUUGGACUGAGCUCGAGGCCUUCCCGCUGCACCCAGACCCGGAAACGGCGACGGGAGAUCUGGCGCUCCACCUCCUCUCGCACAUCCACGCAUGCUUGGUUGAGAAAAAGCGCGAUGCUGCAUCCAGAGUUGCUGUUGAGGAUGAUCAGCGUCGAGGUAUCAAGUCAAAGGGCGUCCAGCCCAAGGAAGACGUCGGUCUCGGCGUCAAGGACGUCAAGCUCGUCACUACGCUCCAGUCGCUCGUAUCAAGAUGGGCGUUGAGCUCACGCAUCAAAGCGUACGAUCGAGCACUCUUCUCACUGUCUCCCAACAGCAAAGCCCAGAUAAAGGCGCCUCCGCUCUCUUCGCAGAACCGAUUCGAAGAGAUCGACGACGAGCAUGAUGCGUCCAAGCGCCACGCCGCCGUACUCGGCUUCGAGACGGCACGCACAGAUCUCGCCAUCGAGAUAGACGCCUUGAUCGCCAUAUUGAACGACGUCGCAACUCCACACUCCACCGGCGGCCCUUCGUCGGCGCUGACUGACGUGGUCACGGUGGUGCUGCGCGUCGGCAUCGUAGACUACCUCUCUUCCCUCCUGCGCCUGGGCUUCGGGCCGUUGCCUCCGACACUGCCAGAUGCAACACCGCAGCCGCGCUCUGCAUCUGUCAAGGACGCCAUUCAGAAACGAGCCGCAGCGGCAACCAACCAGCUGCUGCGAUUCUUGUCGACGCACUCGGCCAUGUCGGCUCUCUCGUCGGUCAUCUCGCAUUCCGACGCCAAGCUAGGCGUGCCCUCUUUCGUCAAGGCCAUCUCGUCGCGCCUGCUGAGUGCACAGCUGCUCAGGCCCGACGGCGUGCGCUCGCUCUUGAUCAUCACGUUCGGCACCGGCGAUCUGACAGAGGCGGCCGAGCUCAAUGCCGCCGAUGCUCAGAGCACCACUCCGCAUACAGGCACCCAGGAGCCCGGCUCCAACUCGCUCAAGCGCUUCGAGCAGUGCGCCCGGCUGCUUCUCACACCUCCGCACGGCAUGCCCGUCGAUGUGUACAUGCCCAUCAUCCUGCCCAAUCUACUCGACGUUCUCGCACCGCACCCGAAUGCUUCCGUCAACCUCACGCCGCCGCCGCAAGAGCAGAUGCGCGCCGCGGGCUUUGUCCUCACGCGCAUCUCGGAACGCCAUCCCGCGCUCUUUGCCAGUGCGCUGCAGGAUCGCAUCUAUACACACUUCAGCCCGGCGCUUCCGGGCACCGCCGCAGCAUCUGCGUCUGGUGGCACUGCAGACGCACAGGCCGAGUCGGUGGUCGUCACGUCGUCAGCCGAGUUGGAGCGUGCCGUGGCGACGCUCUCCAGCUUUCUGCUGUUUUCAGAACCGUCGCCGACGUUUUUCACCACGCUCUUCGAUCCGGUCCUCCCGCAGCUUCUGACGCUCUACCACUUCCUGUGCACGCCGACGAGCGGGGCGGGUAAGGGCAAGGUGCGGUCCGUCGAGUCCGGCGGGCACAGAGACAAUUUCAAGGUGGAAGUUGGUAACUUCUUGAAGACCUGGCUCCGGCUGGUGGAUGCGCAACACGGAGCGGGCGCGCUCGUGCGUGCUAUUCAGGCCGCCGAGGUCGGCAUCGGCAGCCAGUCGCCAGACGCCCUCCAGGGUCGCAGCAGCGAAGACGCAUCGCUGUUCUGGAGCGAGGAGACCGAUGGCAUCGCCAUCCGAUACGGACGAGCGCCCGAAUCGGGCGAGCACGACUUGUCCGCUAUGUGGAAGGAUCUCAGCCUGGCGGCGCUGGCCAAGCAGAUCAGCGCCGGCAGCAAUGACGAGGUCGACUUGUCCAAGAUCGCGCCGGACCUCGCGACCAAGCUGGGUCUGCAUUUGGAUCCGUGCGUAAUGGCGCGCCUGCUCAAGACCGCAGAGCGCAAAGACCUGGCGAGGUUGACGCUGCCUUUGAUCUUGAAUAUCUACAUGGCGCAAAAGGCGGCGGCGCGAGCACGCAUUGCUACGGCGGCGGGACCGCACUCCGAGACGCGCUCGGUGCUGUACCUGCAAAUCAUCCUGCAGCUCUUCGAUGCGUUUGGCGCUGAUCUGCUCCAGGGCGACACCCAGGCCACACUGGCGUUUAUCGAUUUUGCCCUGUCCAGCCCCAGCCAGCGCUCGAUGACAGGCCAGUCCACCGCAGGAUCGGCCAACACGGCAGAGACCAAGGCCGCAGCGGAAGAGUCGAUGCCGUUCAUCUCGGCAAAGCCACAGCAAGCACAGUCCGGCGUUGCGUCGCUGUUCAAUGUGGCGGCGGAAGCUUCUGCUCGAGAGUCGUCCGCAGCGCAAGAAGACAAGACGCAGAUGGCCGAAGACGAAGACGAGGCGGACGAGGACGAGGAGGAGCUCGUGACCACCGCGCUCAGCCUGCUGCUCUCGCUCCUGGAGGCCAACACGGCGGUGUCGACCGAGACGCAACCCAUGCUCGUCGUGAUUCUCGACAAGAUCGAUGCGCUGCUCGACAGUGGUUCGGACGAGGUGCGUGCGCUUGCCAAGGAGGCCAAGCUGGUUCUUCUCGCGAGACGCAACUCUGUGCGUGGCAGUGGACCAUCCCUUGGGCCAUCGCAAGCCAAACCGACGAGCGAGACUUCGGCCAAAGCGCUCGAAUACGUCCAGGCGCAGGAGACCUACCAAGAGGCACUUAGGCUUUUGCAGGAUCCGAUCCUGCCUGUUCGCGCACACGGGCUGGUGCUGCUGCGGCGUCUCGUGUCGGACGACGCCAAGCAGGGCGGGCAGGCGGUGGCGCGCGUCGAUCCGGCGCUGGUGCCUGCGAUUCUCGACAUCUUCCUGCACGCCGUGCAGGACGAAGAGUCGUACCUCUACCUCAAUGCGGUGCAGGGGCUGUCGGCGCUUGCAUCGAGCGGGGGUGGGCAGACGAUCGCGCGGCUGGUGGGCAUCUACAUCGGGCGCGACGAUGGCUUGGCCUCGCAGCGUCUGCCUGCACGCGAGGUGGAGAAGCGUCUGCGCGUCGGCGAGGCGCUGCUGCAGGUGGUCCAGCGAUGCGCCGACGCUCUGCCCGCGCAUGUGGAUGCAGUCGUACCACCUCUACUAGCCAAACUGAGCGAUCGAGCCCUGCCCAACGUCCUGCGCUCGUCCUUCAUCUCGAUCCUCGGCACUGUUGUCGAGGCCGCACCGCUGAGCAUGGCAACCAAGGGAUACGCGGCGCAGAUGGCACAGAUCUGCAUCGACAUUGUCGUGUUCGAGCUCGUCCAUCGCCCCGCACCCUCCCAGCGUGGAUCCGUCAAGCUCAACGUGCAGGGCAGGAAGGUCAGCGAUGUAGAUGACGAUGAACAGGCUGAAAGGCGGGAGGUGGAGCAGCGGAAGCUGGAUAGUGCCACGGUGGUGGACGCCAAGGUGGCGCACUUGAGGCGAGCUGCGAUGCUGCUGCUGACGCUGCUCGUGCGCGGAACGAGCAUCCAGCUCGAGACGGCCAACGAGGCUGAUGGCCCUGCGCAGCUGGUGGAAAGGCUUUCCGCGCUGCGGCUGCCUGGUGGUGGAAGUUUGCCGUCGGUCGACCGUGGCGAACCGCAACCGGGCAGCGCGCACAAGGCCAGGCUGGGUGCGAGGGACCUGCUGUUUCCGGUCGGGCUGGCGACGCGUCUGCGCGAGGUGGCGGCCUACGCGGCUGCCAACGAUACCGACAUGGUUGUGCGMACGCACGCACACGACUGCGUCCAACUCGUCGAUGCGCUUCAGCUCGACCUCGUCCACGCCGACCUCGUGCGCAAUCGCUAG